AUGGCCGGACCACAACCUCAGCAUUGGCUACACAAUCUCUCAAAACCACAGCAAUGGCGCCAUUUAUUACGCGCUACGCUGCGCGAAUGUACCUACCUACCUGAUCCCAUCGCUCGCAUCUACAUGAAAGAACAUAUCAUCUCCCGGUAUCGUGCUGUUUCCUCCCGUUCCCCGAAGGCUGGUCCUCAGGCGGUUCACGCGGCAAGGAAUGCGUUAUCAGUUCUGCGGCGAGCAAAUGAAGGCUAUUCACGUCCUCUCGAGAAAGUGUUGUUACUGUCAUAUGGUCGCACUGGGAAACGGCGACAUGAGCUGCUGGCAAAAAUGUUAAAGCCGGAAAUCCCCAAUGACUCUUUAGCUCUCAAAGAAUUACUCUCCCAGCCUGUGGAUUUCAGUGAUGGCUGGGAACUACCCGCUAUCGUGAAAAGCCUAGCGGCUUCUCAAAUGCAGAACACAGUGGUUGCAACAGUCCGCAUCAGGCCAUUGAUCAAACAAUUGGAACCCCCAAUUCCCAAGCAGGACACCUGGGGCAAAGAAGUGGCCCAAUGUCGGAAGAGGAAUAUUCGGAGGAAAUGGUACAACACUACAUUGAGCAGUCUCCUUCCACCAUUACCAGAGAAGGAUCUCCGGACGCUUGAAGGACUCAUCUCAGGGACUGUACCGUGGGAACCUGUCAAGCGGAGAAAUUCAAAGCCCCAGAUUCCCAAGACCAAUUCCGGUGGCGAGCUCUUCACGUUGCUGGCUAGGGGCCCUGAGAAAGGUGCCACUUUCGCCGAAUAUGCCUAUGGUCGGCCACAUACAAUUACAGUCAGGCUUAUGCGUCGUCAAUGGAAACGGUUGUCUGCUCUUGUGCCGCGACAGUACUGGAAUCCAACAUCACAAAAGUGGCGGUUUUUGUGGGAUUCACCAAAGGAAAUCCCCAAGCUGUCCUUCAAUCUGGAAAGUAGCAUCGAUCCAGAGGCUUUUUUCAAGGAUUCACUUCAGGGGAAGGAGGAUGAUGUCAAGGCGCAUCAACCCUCUCAAUGA